CUCGAUGACAGUUUAUGUAAACCCCAAAUUUACAAAUCGUAAGGCGCUGACGUACAACAUGGCUCGACUCUCUAGUUUUCUGAUCGCAAUUGCGAGUCUGGCUUUUGUCCUUGGAGUCAAUUCGCUGGACAACACCACCUCGGUGAAGCUGGAAAAGUUUGUGAACUGCGAGGAUAAGACUUACGAAUCGAGGAAGGCGAUCUAUCGCGACUACUGGGUGCUGGAGAACUACGUAAUGGCGGGUCACGGGCAGCUUUCGUGCUAUGAAAACGUGACGUACACCAGCCAUGCGGACUAUACUUAUCUGGAUAAUGUGGUCCCCCUCCUGGAACGUUGGCGGUCGCCCCUGAGCCUGGCCAUUUACGCCCCGGGCACGGAUUUUGAACGCUCUCUGGAGAGCAUUCUGUACCUGCUGCAGUGCCAUCCCGGCAAGGACUUGGUUCGCGAGCUGUCCAGCUUCCAUCUGUACUUCGACGUGGAGCAUCUGCCGCAGGUGGUGCCCUCACCCAAAAAGGCUCUUAACAUGAAAGCCAACUGCAGCGGUCCACCGCCCUACGAGAAUGUGGCUAGAAGGGACUUGUACAGGACUCAGCAGGGACUCGAUUAUCCGGUGAAUAUGGGUCGCAACAUCGCGCGCAAAGCUUCGCUGACCCAUUACGUCCUGGCCUCGGACAUCGAACUCUAUCCCACGCCCGGAUUGGUGCCGGACUAUCUAAAUUUCGUUGGCCGUCUUGUUAUUGGAAGGCCAGGACAGCAACCCACUUCGCCGGUGGUACAUGUGCUGCGUAUUUUCGAGGUGAUGGCCAACGUUUCCGUGCCGAGCUCCAAGCCGGAGUUGCAAAAACUGUUGAAAUCGGGAGAAGCCGUACCAUUUCAUAUGGAAAUUUGCGCCGUUUGCCAUCGGGGACCCAAGCUGGAGGAAUGGAUAAAUGCCACCGUGGUCACCGAGGGUCUCAACGUCUUCAAUGUGGGUCAUCGCUCGCAACCUGACAACAUGUGGGAGCCGAUCUUCAUAGGCACCGUCGAGGAUCCACCGUACGACGAGCGAUUGACCUGGGAAGGUCAGCGGGACAAAAUGACACAGGCGUACGCAAUGUGCGUACUGGACUAUGAGUUUCACAUCCUGGAUAAUGCCUUUCUGGUCCACAAGCCGGGCAUCAAGCAACCCGCUAAAAGCAAAUCAAUCUUCCAACAAUCCACCCGCCGCACUAAUGGCCUUAUCAAUAGAAAAAUCUCUAAGGAGCUACGGAUCAAGUACGGUUCUCGAAAUGGCUGUGUAAUUUAGGAUUAUGCUCAUAAUUUUUAUUCCAAAUUCCGUGUUCAUUUAUCAGAAUGUUUUGUGAGA